CGUGGGAGGGGAGGCUGCUUUCCUGGUCCAGUCAAGAGGAGGCUCUUAGGCGGACCCCCGCAGGAACCAUUCGCUGCCUGCGUUAAAAAGGGGGAACAGAUCGAGUCGUGACCGAUUUUCCUGCAGGGCCCAACCCAGCCCCACGUGGAGACCGCUGGAAGCAUGGGAGUCACCUGUGUGUCUCAGAUGCCCAUAGCAGAGGGGAAGAGCGUUCAGCAAACUGUUGAAAUAUUAACAAGAAAACUGGAACUACUUGGAGCAGAGAAACAGGGCACUUUUUGUGUUGACUGUGAAACCUACCACACUGCAGCCUCCACAAUGGGCAAUCAAGGGCAGGCUGCCAAGCUGAUGUACGUGAUGCACAAUUCCGAAUAUCCCCUCAGCUGCUUCGCUCUCUUUGAAAACAGCCCCUGCCUCAUAGCAGAUGCCAACUUCGACGUCCUUAUGGUGAAACUGAAAGGCUUCUUUCAAAAUGCCAAAGGGAACAAGAUAGAGAGCCGGGGCACCCGGUACCAGUACUGUGAUUUUUUAGUGAAGGUUGGCACUGUUACCAUGGGGCCCAGCGCCCGUGGAAUAUCUGUGGAGGUGGAAUACUGCCCAUGUGUGGUAGCCAAUGACUGCUGGAACCUGUUAAUGGAGUUCAUGCAAAGCUUCAUGGGAAGUCAUGCUCCUGGAAUCCCUUCUGUGUUUGGCAAUAAGCAUGACAGCAUCUACAGCCCAGGUGACACAAUGGUUCAGUACAUGGAACUCUUCAACAAGAUUCGCAAGCAGCAGCAGGUGCCUGUUGCAGGGAUCAGAUGAAGAAGGCUUUGUACGGUCUUUCUUCAAGUGAGCAACAACUUUGCUGAAUUAUCUGUCAAAGUAGCAGCUCCAACCCAGUAUUCCCAUUAUAUCAGUGCAGUCUGUCUCCCUUUGGGGUAGAAUUAAUUCUACCUCAACUCAGACCUCCUGGGGUGUAUGUCAAAAUGAUAAUGGUAUACUUUGCCUUGGCCUAGUAUCUCAGUGAUUUGUUUACCUUAGAUUCUUCAAGCAAGAGUCCUGCAACUGAGUGGAGAUGAAAGAAAAAUGAUUAUUUUGCAGAAAGAGAUAGGUUCAAAUUGUGUGCAAAUGGGAGGAUGCGCUUCAGAUGUCCUUAAUUUCCUUGGCUGACUGAGUGAAUGUGAGGUUUCAGUCUAAGAGUAUGAAAGUAUUUUAAUAUGACUUUUAUUAAAAGUGCUUUAUUUUCAUAUGUUGCGAAUUCCGUGGAUGUUAACUACUAGCAGAAUUUAUUCUUAAAUUUGUACACUUUGGGAUGAAAUUUAAUGUAUCUUGUUGAAAUGAACUCGAGAGAAUUCUGUGUUGCCCUGUCAGUGUUUCUAAGUUCUUGGUCUCCCACCAUCUUCAUAAAGCUGAUAAGAGGAUUAACAUGUGUGAGCUUUAGGAUGAUAUCAUUGGAGUCUAGGGGCUUAAUUCCUUUGCCUUCUACUCUAAUGUUGUAAGUAUAUCUGGUGGAUCAGAGCAAAGCCCUGACAUUGCCAAACCUGUACAGAUCUAAGACUACAAUCAAAUUACUACAUCAACAUUUUUCUAAGAUGAUGCCUAAAGUUACAUAGAGUAUAACCUUGCAAGUUCUCAAAAUAUUAAAAAAAAACAUUGUUGACUGAAGAA